AUGUCCUCUCUCAACAACAAGAAAGACCCAAAAGUGAUCGCAGGCCCAUACAUCCUCUUCGACGGCUCAAUCACCGCCGAAUUCCUGCAAGAUGACGAGCUUGAUGCCACCUUCCUUAUCCGUAUGACCAUAACCGGAUCGCAUCCUCUGGUGAAGCAAGGCAAGAGCCAUCCGAUCUCGCCGCCGCUCCACCUCCACUUCGACCAAGUCGAGACCUUCAAAGUCCUCCAAGGCAAAUGGGGCCUGACAGCCGGCUACGACACCCAAGACGUGAUCCUCACACCCUCCAACGAGCCCUAUACAGUCCCGCCCUGGCUACCUCAUUUUCCAUGGCCGGUUCCGAUGGAAGAAGACUCCAUAAUCCUGGCCUGGGGGCAUCCCAGUAAUGUGCCGAAACCGAUGGAUGUGCCAUUCUUUGAUCAGAUCUUCAUGUACACGGGACAAUGUUUUGAGGAGAAGAGGCAGCCAAAUCUGUUGCAGAUGAUGUUGAGCCAGACCGAGACUAAUUCCACCAUGGUCAUCUUCCCAGGCUGGACAUUCCUCGGUCCACUACGAUGGUGGAUUCCAUGGAGACUGCAAGGUGCUCUUGCCAACGUCGCGAAGCUCUGUGGGUUUUCCACGAUGUAUAUGCCAAAAUACUCGAAGAAGGAGUGA